AUGUCAGCACCUACUCAGCUAGAAUGUGGCGGUCGAGCUUGUUCUCGAUGUGGAAAAUGUCGUGACUGGGAUCCUGCUAAUGAUUACAAGCGUCGUGAUGAUGCAACUUGUCGUGAUAAUGCUGAUACUCUUAUUAGUGCUCUUUUUUGUGCUGCUACUGCUGCUGCUGAUGCUCGUCGUGUUCAUCGUAUGGCUGCUAAUGUUCCUCGUGCUCAUGCUACUGAUCGUUGUCGUCGUGCUGCUGAUGAUCUUCAAGCUGCUUUUGAUGCUGCUAUUCUGGAUGAUCAUCUUAUUGACCUUAUUGCUGAUGUUCUUAGUCGUGCUGAACUUAUUGCUGAUGAUGUUGAUCGUGCUAGUGAUGAUGAUGGUGUUAAACUUGCUCGUGCUGCUUCUGCUGUUCGUCGUGCUCGUUGUGAUCGUGUGUGCCAUUGCAAAUAAAGGGCUGGAGAAGAGGACGUUUGUCAUUACUUUUGCCUUGAUUAUACGUUGAUAUGCGUGAUAUGUAUUUCUUUGAAUAAAAAUUGGGUAUUCGCGUAUACUAGAAAUGCCUGUGAAUGGGAAGCGGAUUUGAAUUUAUCGCAUAAAUUUAUUGAGGAUAACGCGUGUGACAGAAAGAGGGUAAGUCUAGCAACCAUUAUCGCGAUUUCAUCCGUGCUAACGGAAUCAUCAAAUGGCUUUGACUUCGUAACUAUUCAAAUGAUCUUAAGUAGAUCACAAAUAAGUUACAUAACCUACUUUAAUUUCGAAGGAAAGUUCAAUGAAUUGAACUAAUCGUCGAGGGAGUAGGUAUCCAUAAAGGGUGAGUCGAGCAAUCAUGACGCGUUUCCAUCCUGUUACAGAUCUCAUCAGAUGGCUCUGACUAUGUAAUCACUCAGAUGAUUCAAACGAGAAUCACAAAUAGGACCCGAAUAGUUCAGAUCAGUUCCGAUCUGUACAAUAUGUUUCGACUCGAUCCCUGAUCGGAUCUGAUCUGUUCAAACAGUUAAGAUCAGAUCUCAAGAUCUGAUUAAACAGAUCCUGUGGUCUGAUCUGAUCUGAUCUAUUAAAAUAGAACAGAUCAAGGAACUGCUUUAUACGAAUAUAAUAAAUAACUGCUAACUCUUCAAUAACUAUCUAGAGCUAUCCUGAGCAACUUUUCAAGGGCUAUACGAGGGUUCCCUUUGUAACUUUCCAAGGCCUACCUGGAAGUACCAGUAGUUACUUUUCAAGGGUUACCUAGGGGCACCCUUAGUAACUUUUCAAGGACUUUUUAGGGGUAGACUUAGUAACUUUUUGAAGGCUAUCUAAGGGCACCCCUAGUAACUUUUCAAGCGCUAUUUAGGGGAACCCUUAGUAACUUUUUGAGGGCUAUCUGGGAGGGUGUAGGUGUGGGUGUGGGUGUGUGGGUGUGUGUGAGUGUGGGUGUGGGUGAUGUGGGUGUGGGUGGGGUGGGUGGUGGCUGUGGAUGUGGGGUGCGCUUGUUGUGAAGCAUACGGCGGUAUGCACCCACACCACCCGCCACACCCACAGC